ACGUGCCUCGGCGCAACCUGGAACCCGAUAAAACCUUCGGCCGCCGCUACCGCCCCCUCCUCCCCCUUCUUCCCGCGAUCCCUUCUUCUCUCGAUCGCGGAGCCUCUCUUUUUUCCUCUCAGAAUCUAGCGGAAGACGCGCGUAGGCCGACCCGGAAGAAGGUUUGUUGGAUUCAAGAAGUAAAGAGCAAAAGCCAUGGCUUCUCGUUUCUGGAUGCAGGGUGGUGGCAGUGAAUCCGAGGAGGAGGAGGAGGAGAUCAGUGAGUAUGAUGAUGGAAGUGAUGCCGGGGUGGGAGCAGCCGAGACCGGCGGCGCCACUGCAGGGAGCCGUUAUCUCAAGGAAAAUGCAAGCGACAGUGAUGAGUCAGAUGGGCAACAUCGCGUGGUCAAGUCCGCUCGGGAUAAGAGGUUUGAUGAGAUGGCGGCCACCGUCGAUCAGAUGAGGAACGCUAUGAAGAUCAAUGACUGGGUCAGCCUCCAGGAGAGCUUUGAGAAGAUUAACAAGCAGUUGGAGAAGGUGGUCCGAGUAACUGAGUCCGAGAAGGUCCCUAACCUCUACAUUAAAGCCCUUGUGAUGCUGGAGGACUUCUUGGCUCAGGCACUGGCCAAUAAGGAUGCCAAGAAGAAGAUGAGCAGCAGCAAUGCAAAAGCUCUCAACUCGAUGAAGCAGAAGCUGAAGAAGAACAACAAGCAGUUUGAGGAGCUGAUAAUGAAGUAUCGGGAGAAGCCAGAGAGUGAGGACGAAGCAACAGAGGAUGAGGAUGAGGAAGAAGAGGAGGAUGAAGAUGAGGUAGAAGAGGACCCUUCAAAGAUUGCAAUGUCUGACAUGGAAGAUGAGGAUGAGGAGGACAGUGAUGAGCAGGCCAGGGGUGGUGGGGCCUGGGAGAAGCAGAUGAGCAAGAAGGAUAAGCUUAUGGACAAGCAGUUUAUGAAGGAUCCCAGCGAGAUCACAUGGGAAAUUGUUGACAAGAAGCUUAAAGAGAUUGUUGCAGCAAGGGGUAGGAAGGGAACUGGGAGGGUCGAGCAAGUUGAGCAACUUACAUUCUUGACCCGUGUGGCAAAAACACCAGCCCAGAAGCUUGAGAUCCUUUUCAGCGUGAUCUCAGCCCAGUUUGAUAUCAACCCAAGCUUGCUUGGGCAUAUGCCAGUUAAUGUGUGGAAGAAGUGUGUUGGCAAUAUGCUUCUUGUCCUUGACAUCCUUGAGCAGUACCCAAACAUUGUUGUUGAUGACUCGGUUGAGCCUGAGGAACACGAGACCCAGAAGGAUGCAGCCUACAAGGGGACAGUCCGAGUUUGGGGAAAUCUGGUUUCAUUCCUUGAGCGGUUGGAUUCAGAGUUUUUCAAGAGCUUGCAGUGUAUCGAUCCACACACUCGUGAGUAUGUUGAGAGGCUUAGGGAUGAACCUUUGUUUUUGGUUAUUGCACAGAAUGUUCAGGACUAUCUUGAGAGGGUAGGGGAUUUCAAGGCAGCUUCCAAGGUGGCAUUGCGACGAGUUGAGCUUAUAUAUUAUAAGCCUCAGGAGGUCUAUGAUGCAAUGAGAAAGUUAGCUGAACUGAGGGAAGAUGGAGCUGAAGGGGUUGGAGAGGAUGGUGAUGUGGCAGCUGGUGCUGAACGCCAACCAGCUGAGGAGAACAGGGGCCCACCACCAUUCGUCGUGAUUCCUGAACUUGUUCCUAGGAGGCCUACAUUUCCAGAGAGUAGUCGGACACUAAUGGAUGCGUUGGUGUCUCUGGUUUAUAAAUAUGGGGAUGAGAGAACUAAGGCUAGGGCAAUGCUUUGUGAUAUAUACCACCAUACUAUCUUUGAUGAGUUCCCUGUUGCUCGUGAUCUUCUCUUAAUGAGUCAUUUGCAGGAUGGGAUUCAGCUCAUGGACAUAUCAUCACAGAUCUUAUUCAACAGGGCAAUGGCACAGCUUGGCUUGUGCGCCUUUAGGGCAGGGUUGAUAACAGAAGCUCAUGGAUGCCUCUCUGAACUGUAUGCAGCAGGAAGAGUGAAAGAGUUACUUGCACAAGGUGUAUCACAAAAUCGUUACCAUGAGAAAACUCCUGAGCAGGAAAAGCUUGAACGGAGAAGGCAGAUGCCCUACCAUAUGCAUAUAAACCUUGAGCUUCUGGAAGCCACUCAUCUGAUAUGUGCCAUGCUUCUUGAGGUCCCUAAUAUGGCUGCGAGCACCUUUGACGCCAAGCGCAAGGUUAUAAGCAAGACGUUCCGUAGGCUUCUUGAAGUGAGUGGAAGGCAGACUUUUGUUGGUCCUCCUGAGAACGUCAGGGACCAUGUCAUGGCUGCCACCAGAGCCCUAAGCAAGGGAAACUAUCAAAAAGCUUUUGAUGUCAUCAAAUCCCUUGACAUCUGGAAGCUCCUGAGGAACAGAGAAACUGUGCUGGAGAUGGUGAAGUCCAAGAUCAAGGAGGAGGCACUGCGGACCUACCUCUUUACAUAUUCGUCCUGCUACGAUUCCUUGAGCUUAGACCAGCUUACUGCAAUGUUCGACCUCUCCGAGGCCCAUGCCCACAGCAUUGUGAGCAAGAUGAUGAUCAUGGAGGAGCUCCAUGCAAGCUGGGACCAACCAACAAGGUGCAUCAUGUUCCACAAUGUGGAGCACACCAGGCUGCAGGGGCUUCUCUUCCAGAUGGCAGAGAAGCUCAACAUCCUUGCUGAGAACAAUGAGAGAGCUUAUGAGGCCAGGACUGGCGGGGGGCUUGAUGGGCUGCCGCCCAGACGCAGGGGAGAGGCUCAGGACUAUAGUGGAACUGCUGCAUCUGGGAAAUGGCAGGAGAACUUCAUCUCGGCAUCGCAAGGAAGGCAGACCGGUGGACAUGGAGGGCGAACUGGAUACAGUGGCAGGUUAGGGAGUUCAGGUCAGGGUGCGGGUGGAGGGUUUUCAAAGGAUCGAACGGCGCAGGGGCAACGGGGGACUGGUGGUUAUCAAAGCAUGCGAUACCAGGAUGCCUAUGGGAAUGUCGGGAGGACUUCAUACCAAACAGGUGCAGCUGUGAGAGGUUCACAGGUGGAGACUUCGCGUAUGGUGAGUCUGAAUAGGGCUGGUAGGGUUUAGUGGAAGAACACGACUUUGAUAAGAGGAGGCCUCUCAGUUUUUGGUUACCACAACUUGCUCCCUUUUUUUCUAGAAUAUUUUUAUUGAGGACUGUUUUAAUUUUGCUCUGAACGGCUUUUUGCUCUGUUUCUUUAGAUUGAGAACCUGGUAUGCUCCGUAGAGCUAUGGGGGAUGGGAAUCUAUAUUCACUCCUUUAUAUAUGUUUAUGUUGCUUCAUUUUUCAUUUGUGCUUUC